AUAUUGCAGAACAGCUGUUUAGAUGGUAGACAAUGUGUCUAGUCAUGUGGAUAUAGCCAAGAGAGCAGUAAUGGGUUUAGAUGUUGAAGUGGUACAGAAGAAAACUCUCGAGUUGUGCUCUGCUUUGCAACAGACAAGAGACAAGUUGUUGUAUGUGGAUGUUAUGGCAGAAAAAGUGAAUCGAUUGAAAAGUAUUGUAAUAGAGUUGUUGAAAACGAGUCACUAGAGAGUGAGUGAGUGUAUAAAGAGCUUUAUUAUUGAUUUUUAGUCGAUAUGGACAAGUUGAGUAGGAGAAAGAAACAAGACUUGUUGAGAAUAUUCUUCCAAUAAAGUUUGAACAUAAUAUUUCAUCACU